CUCCUUGUACACUUUGACGCCAUCUUGAAAUUACACCUUAGUUUGUUUGAGCAGCACCUAAAUUAAACAGCACAAUUGUUUUUCGUUUUUAUAUGUUUCACAAUCCGGCAUGAGCAGUUCUCGAAGCAAACCAGUAUCCACAGUCAACAAGACACACGGAGAAGUUGAUCAGGACCGAAAAACUGUAGGAGGAAUGCUGAAGAAGCUCAAAUCGAAGCGGAGUCAGAUGGAAAAGUGGCCUGUUGUCACCGAGGUUGAGCUUAAGGCUCUGGGAAGAGAUAUUUCCCCAGAUCACAUCCUAGGUCUGCGGGAUGUUACCGAGGAUUACUUGUGUAAACCUGAAGACAACAUUUACAAUAUUGACUUCACACGAUUCAAAAUCCGAGACUUGGAGACAGGAACAGUUCUUUUUGAAAUAGCUAAACCCCCUACCAGUGGUCCCGUUGAAAGUGAAGAAGAGGGUGCAGAUGUGGACAUCAGUGCUGGACGUUUUGUAAGAUACCAGUUUACUCCAGCCUUUCUAAAACUGCGCACAGUUGGUGCUACUGUUGAGUUUACAGUUGGUGAUCGACCAAUUAACAGCUUUCGUAUGAUUGAAAGACAUUACUUUCAGGGGCAUCUUCUCAAGAACUUUGACUUUGACUUUGGCUUUUGCAUUCCCAACAGCCGCAACACAUGUGAACAUAUUUAUGAGUUUCCACAGCUUCCAGAAGACCUGAUUCGCCAAAUGGUGGAGCAUCCAUAUGAGACCAGAUCAGACAGUUUCUACUUUGUGGAUAACAAACUCAUCAUGCACAAUAAGGCAGACUACGCCUACAAUGGUGGUCUGUAACGUUGUAUGGGACAAAUUGUGUGCAAAAUGAAAUCUAUCCUGAGGCUCGCUGAGGUGGAGCUGAAGUAUUUUCUCAAAAUAAAGACAAAUCACAGCAACAAUCUUCAAAACCAGCGGACCACAUCUGCCUUCAUAUGAACUCAUUCAUCAGCACAGGACAGAGCUCACAUUGUGGGACUCAAGGGACAGCUGUCCUAAAUAUUUCUCUCUUCUCUCAGUCUGUGUCAUGUUUUGCUUUAGAACUAUUGCCUUACAUUUUGUUGUCUCUGCUGGAAAGGGACACUUUAGUGACACACCUUUAUGGGAAAAUCCAGUAGAUCUCUAUCAGAAGUUUAGAUCUUCUCAUUUGAACUACCUUUUGCUUGUAAUGUGUGUUUUGUUUUUGUUCUGCAAAAAUGACAUGAAGUACAUGAGUUGCAGUAUUUUAAGUAUACAUCAUUAUGUUACCAGUAGUUUCUUUAUUUAAAAAUCUUUAUUAAUCAUGUGCAGCAUUUGGAUACUUGUAUUUAAAUUGAAUACAUUUCUACAAGGUAUAAUAUAGGAUUUGUCUUAAUAAAUUCAUGUUGGAAUUGA